AUGCAGCUCAAAUGGAUCAUCUCAAUUUGGCUUCCAUUGAUGGCUUUUAUGCAGACCAUUUCGUGUCAGUAUGUGGCACCUUCACUAUGUCAGGGUGUGUGUUUCUGUUCAAGUCCUGACGCCGCCGUCGACUGCAGCCCCCAGGAUCGCAUAGGCGGCGUGCCAACAAAUCUGCCCCCGGGAACCACCACGCUGAAGAUCCAGGGUGGACUGUUCCCCGCACCGGGUCGCCUUGUUCGUCAAAACUUCACCGGCCUUGGACACCUCAUAAGACUGAGUAUUGUCAAUUCCCAGGUGCGCUCCAUUGAACCGCGAACUUUUUUGGGGAUGACUAACCUCAGAUUCCUGGACUUAUCACUAAACCAACUUCAUCACCUGGAAGCCUAUACAUUCUACGGCUUAAAGCUUACCCAACUGUAUCUUCAGAAGCAGGACUCGUUGGGUGGAAAAACGGACAAUUUGGCCUACCGUUAUGAAGAAAUUGGGAUGAAUUUCGAUGGCGAGGGUCUGCAGCUAGAAGAGGAGGUUUUUCAUAGCAUGUCUGCCACCCAGAUUAACCUUCAACAGAACAGGAUCUCCGAAAUACCAUUCAGACUCUUCUCGAAGGUGAAUGGUUUGGAGAAGCUCAUACUCUCGAGUAACAACAUCCGUAGUCUGGACUCAAAGUUUGCGGACUACUUUGACAGACCGGAUCGAUUAAUUGACUUGACAGACAACCCCUUACUCUGUUCCUGCAGUUUGGCCUGGUUGGCAGUUCGGUCGAAGGAGUGGGUCACUAAGCUGUCCAGUCUGAACAUCACCUGUCUCGUUGAUGACAAAGUUGACAUUCCUCCCGGCCGUUUUGUCCGACUGCUCCAAGACCGCAAGACACGAGUUGAACUGAUCAAACUUUCGAACGGUCACCUCUGUAUGUCUUCCAGAAUCCGCUCCAUUGGAGUGGAAAUUGACCCCUCCGGAGAGAGGGCGAGGCUUAGUUGCACCGCCGUAGCCUAUAGUGUUUUGGAUAGCUCCAAUACCUCACCAAACAGCCUCCUUUACUUACCUUCGGAUGGCGGGGUAUUUCGAAAGCAAUCUGUUGUCCCGGUUCGUGCUCCCUCCGUGGCGUGGAAGUAUAUCGAGCUCGGGCAGAUGCAUCAACAGUUCAAUUGUAUCACGUGGGACGAGAAGGAGAACGAUGAGGAGGUGCUGGUGACAAUUCGCGGACCAGGCGCCUUGCUGCCGCCGCAGACGGCUCCCCUGCCCGAAGUAACUCUUAAGGAAGGCAAAGUGGUUGCAGAAGGCCCUUCUAAGUCGUCUGGUGAACCAGCGAAGGAAGCUAAACAGCGCGACGAUGUUCUAUUGACGCACAAAUCAGCUCUGCUUUUCCGGAAACAGUACACACUGCUAGAGAUGAUUGGAGCUAUUGUGGGAACAUUCCUCGCUACCCUAAUCCUUCUCCUGAUCGGCUCCAAAUGCUUUCGCUGUUUCCGAACCAGAGGUUAUGGCCUACCACCUCAUGGACAUGCCCUCUCUGUGGCUAGUACGAAGGACCUGCCCAUUCUUGGUCGUCCACAUGAAGUGGAGGCCUCAAAAUCACUAGAGCUGAAUAACAGUAGCGCCGCAAAU